AUGUGGGCAGUACACAUACUUGCAGCGAUCUUCAAUCGAUCUCUGCUGCACCGUAUACUCACCUCCAUGAACAGAAAAUGCUAUCUUUUCAUACCUUCUCCUCAAGAACUCGCACUGCAGACCCUUACUCCCAAGCCUCUCUCGCGACGCACCAUAUCUAUCUCCAUUCCUCUUGGACAUAUUCGCGUCCAAUUCUACACACACGCACGUUAUGCCGUAGUCAACAGGCCUCCCUGCAUUCAAGCCGACAUUCGUCUCUCCGACUCGGGUGAUCUUGAAGUUCAAAUCGUCAAGGACAUGUUCGGCUUGCACACUUGUGCAAUCCUUGGCAAGCACGGAGAGUUAUCCUUCAACCCGGCAAUACAGGACCAUACUCAUGGGGAUGUUCUCAUGACCCUGCCUACCAGGAUUGAAGAGCGAAAUACUCGGAAACUCUAUGAACUCACGAAAAUGGCAACAAAUUCCGAUGGGGCAAAGCGCACCGUUGCUCUUUCCGGUCCCUGUCGAGAUGCUACGGAUCAACCACCGAACAAGCACCGAGAGCAAGGUUUGGCACGACAACUUUCAAGUGUCGCAUUUCAUGCAUGCGGGCUUAUGCAUAGCCAUAUUCAAGCCUUCAGUGGAACUUCAUCUCUAGCGUUGACAUCGCUGUUGCCAACUACCGUCGCACCAACAUUAGUACUCCUUGAUACUCUCCCUCCUCGCACACCAUGGCUGUUUCGUCACACCCACAUUCCCGCAUCGUCGGUUUUCAUCCCUAGAGGAUGGACGCUCAACGACGACGUCGUUCUCUACAUCGUACAGCUGAUGUGCGCUGGCUCGGCACCAUGGACACCGUUUGGCCCUUCAACAAAAGAUGUCCGCAUGUUAGCCGCAUCCUCUCGUCAUCUCAGAAGGAUAUGUCUUCCACACGUGUACUGCCGCUAUCAGUGGGCAUGGAAUAGCGUAACUCCCAGAAGAUCGGCGUUCAUGCCCUCAACGCUAUGGACCUACGUGACGUCAGUGCAGCACCUCCUCCUUCCUUCCUUCUCCUCAUCUCACACUUACUCAGGUCUUUUCGAACUCGAUAUCCAAAAGUUCUUCGGGGGCCAUUCCGAUCUCGUCAUGAACGAAACACUUCAAUUCCCCAAAGCCCUGCCGGAUAACAUCGCUGCAGCCUUUCCCUUCAUGAAGAACCUACGAACAUUUUGCGGACCCUGGCGCGAGCUGUUGGAAUCCGUAUUUCUCGCGCCCGCACUUCAAUCUCUAGAGAUACGUAAUUCCCCGUGGCAAAGCUACGCAGAGAUAUUUGACACACACGACAUCCCAACCCCUUCUUUGCGGGAAUUCAUCUACCACGCCCCAAAGACAUUGGCCGGCGUGGGAUGGUUCCAACGCGCGACGGAACUUUCUAUCCUGCACCCCCUGAUCCACAGCUGCCGGGCGUCGCUCGAAACCCUUGAGCUUCCAGCAGAACUCUUUCUCGACUUGUUCGAUGAAGAGUUCCCCGUCCUUCGCGAGCUUCGCGUCGAAGGGGUCUGGCCCCGGGGACACGACGAUGACGAACCUUCUGAUGAUUCGUGGGUGCGGCUGCUCAGGUUCGCGCCACGCUUACGCGUUUUGAAUGUGCGUUUGGUCCCGGGUGAUGCAGAGAGGAGGACGUGUCGUCUCGUACAUCAGAUGCCUGAAGGCAUCGAUGUAAUCGACAGGCUACACUCCAUCAGGCUUUCGAAUCCUUCUCCGGAUGACUUUAUCUUUCGCUUACUUCCCUCUACGUUGACGGAUCUGUCUCUGACGGCUUAUCCAGACCACACGACUACAGCCGAUCUCGCGAGAUGUUCCCUUCCCAAGGGUAUUUUAUCGUGCCCUGAGCUGCUGUCCAUCUUGAAGACCCUUUCCGUGUCACAUCUCAGAUCCUUGGCUAUCUCGUACAAGUGGGGUUGCCCCCAAUCUCAAGAAGAGCUCCUACGGUACAUCGCCCGUGCGUUCCCAGGGUUGGACGUGCUCGAGCUGAACCAAUACCACACACCCGCUAAUAUGCAGAAGACAUGUAUGAAACAAAUCAAGGAAACACUCUCUUCGCUCUCUCGACUGAGAUCUCUGCGGUUGAAUCUCGGGUACAUGCAAACCGGGCAAUGGCUCUGCGACGCUACUUGGCGGUACGAUAGGGAUACGGCGUGGGAUGUAGGGGAGGCACCGCUGGCGCCUUUUGACCGCCCGUAUGGAUGGGUAUGGACGUGGAAGGACUUUAAAGAAGCAUCAAGUGUGAUAUUAAAGCGGGAAGAAGCUGAUGGCAAGAUACAUGGCGGCGGGCGUAGAAUAGGGAAGGGUUGGAGCGCAAUGCUUGGUUUUAGUGCUAAGAAACCAGGGCGUUUUCGUGGAUGA